GACCCACUCUUCAUAAUACGCCUCCCUUCCUCCUCCUUUUUCUUCCUCACGUUAUCAAUGGCGAAAAUGAAGAAAUUCCAGGUCAAAUUGGGAGAUUUGAAGCUCCAUGGAUUCGGUAAUGAAAAGGAAGCAAUCGCCAUUGAAAUCAAAUGGAAAGGUCCCCAGAGACAUUCCAUUUUAUCCGUUCCUUUCUACGGAAAAUCCCCUCUCCAAACCGACCGCACCACCGCCCAACGACCCCUAAUCCAAACCCUCCAAUGGGAUCACGAAUUCCUCAGCAUUUGUGAAUUUGAGUUCGCCGAUGACUCUUCCACUGCCUCCUGGGACACCAAAUUCUACGUCUUACUCGAAGAAUCCACAAAAUCCAAGACGAAAUUCUCUGUUUUAGGGAAGGCGUCGCUGAAUUUAGCGAAAAUGCUUUUGGAAAUGGAGACGAAAGUGGAGCGAAAUGUUCCGAUUAUGUUGAAGGAUGCUCCACAUCAAGUUACGCUUUCUGUGCGUGUGAAUUUUGUGGAGGUCAGGGAUGAUUCGGACACGAUUCAGCAACAGGACAAGGAGGGCUUUUUGAAAGCGUUGAAAGAUCUAACCAGCUUCAGGAAGAAGAACAGAGACAAGGGUAAAGCGAUUUCAUCGGACGGUCAAAACAGAGCUUUGGGGGAUCCAAAGGAGGAAGAUGGAGGCGAUCAAAAGCAGCUGGGGAAAUUGUUGUCCAAGAAGAGGCGGCUGAGUUUCAGCUUUAGAUAUUCUAAGGGGAAAGUCGAGCCGUGGUCGGAGAAAACCAACACGGCGGUCAACGACGGAGUUUCCGUUGACCGACAGCAACACGACACCGAGCCCACCGCCCCCAUUUCAACCACUUCUCAAACGGAGAAAGGAGAAAGCACAGAGAUUUCUUUGGAAAUUGAUGAACAAAAUAAAGAAGACAGCAGAGGGAGGUGGGAAACUAAAGAAAUAGUUAGUAGAGAUGGCAAGGCAAAGCUGAAGACAGAGGUGUUCUUUGGCUCGUUUGACCAGCGGAGUGAGAAGGCGGGUGGUGAGAGCGCCUGCACGGCGAUAGUCGCCGUGAUCACCCACUGGCUGCACUCGAAUUACGGUGCGAUGCCAACACGACCGGAACUCGACAACCUCAUAAUGGAAGGUUCAUCCGAAUGGCAAAAGCUUUGCAAUAACCACUGUUACUCAAACUCCUUUCCCAACAAGCAUUUCGACCUCGAGACCGUUAUGGAAGCCGAUGUCCGACCGAUCACUGUUUCAGCUGAAAAUUCAUUCGUGGGGUUCUUCAGCCCGGAGAAAUUCAACUGCUUGUCGGAAGCAAUGUCGUUCGAGCAAAUAUGGAAUUUGGUCAAUACUAAAACUUGUCCAAAUUACGAAACGAGAGUUUACAUCGUGAGUUGGAACGAUCAUUUCUUCGUGUUGAAGAUGGAAGAGGAUGCUUGUUACAUUGUUGAUUCGCUGGGGGAACGACUGUUCGAGGGGUGUAAUCAAGCCUACAUCUUGAAGUUUGAUAGCUCGAGUUUGAUGUACGAGAGCAAAGAGGAAGGAGAGGUUGGGGAAUUGGUUUGCAAGGGAAAAGAGUGCUGCAGAGAGUUUUUUGAAAGGUUUCUUGCGGCCAUAACCAUUGAAGAGCUGGAAGAAGAGCAGAAGAAGCAGAGUAGCUGUAGUUUUAUACCCCAUCAGAGGCUGCAGAUUGACUUCCAUUUUAGUAGCCCUGUUGUUUCAUCCUUGUCAACUUCCCCUUGCUCUAUUUUCUCUGAUCAAGACUUUGUAUCAUAAUUCAGAACCCCAAAACUCCAAUCCUUUUUUAAGAUACAGUGUAAAGCUUCUCCCAGAUUUCGCUUCGCUCAUUAUGCAAAUAAAUAAAACUCCUAUUCACCUUGCUUUCUUUGGGUUAUUCAUUUCUUAUAAGAGUAUGGAAGCUUAGAAGGGAUAGCCCAAAGAUAACAAUAACUACUAGCUAACGAUGGACUUUAUAGUAGCUAACGCUGGGCUUGAGCGGUUAGAAAUGGUAUCAAAGUCAUACACUAAGCGGUGUGCCAACAAGGACGAUGGUUUCCAAGGGAGAUGGAUAUUGAGAUCCCACUUAAAGAGAGGUACAAAGCAUUCCUUAUGAGGGUGUGAAAACCUCUCCGUUGAGAGAAAGUCCAAAACGGACAAUAUCUACUAGCAACGGACGGUUACAAGCAAAAAGUGCGGAAUAAUGACGGGUGGGAAAGGGGAAGAAUGAGGCAUGUAAUGGAAAAUGACUCAUAGCAUCAUCAUGUUGAUGAAAUCUGUUUGAAUCUCUGUUUCUCUAAGCAACUUCCUGAUAUGAAAAAGCAAGUUUAACCAAAAGCAUCAAGCUUUGUGUACCUUAACAAUGGAUAAAACAAGAAUUAUCUAUAUGAGACCCCACAGAGAACUAAUGUCACCACUCAUUAAAAGUUGAACGCAGAGACUUCCAUCCAGACAUUCAAUGAUCAAUUCAUUCAGCCCUUUCCCAAAAAGAACAAAGAUGAUAAAGCAAAAGGAAAAAAAAAA